AUGAGUGCCCCUGUUGAACAAAGGGUUCACGUACCAAUUGAUGACCCGAAUGCUGAUACUGAGUGGAACGAUAUUCUUCGUAAACAUGGAGUCAUACCCGAGAAACCACCGUCACCCACGCCUUUUAUAGAGGAGGCUAUCUUAGAGAGUCAACGCCUUGCGCAAGAAAAGAGCCUACAGUGCAAAGAUUUAGACGAGCUAGAUGAACUGGAGGACCUGAUGGACGAAAGUAUACUGCAAGAAUAUCGAAAAAAGCGUAUCGAGCAGCUAGCAUUGCUUCGUAAAAAAUCAAUUCACGGCACUGUAUAUCCUAUUAACAAGCAAGAAUAUACACGCGAAGUAACUGAUGCCAGUCUCAAAACACCGGUACUGGUACUUCUGACAUCCGCGAACACCGAAAGUCGAGCCGUCAUGGAAAUUUGGCCUCAAAUAGCGAGUGAAUACGGAGAGGUCAAAUUUUGCCAAAUAAGAGCGGAUAUGGCGAUAGAGGGCUACCCUGAUCGCAACUGCCCUACAAUCAUUAUCUACAAAGACGGGAACAUAGUUCGACAGGUUGUGGCAUUGACUCACCUUGGAGGAGUCAAGGUGGAAAAGCGAGAGAUUGAAAAUUUGUUAAGGGAAGAAGGUAUAGUCAAAGAUGAUGAUUUAAGGACAUCGAAAAAUCAGGAAAGGAGUGAGGAAGACUGA